AUAGCUAUCAGGCAUAGAAAUAUGCGCGAACCGGUCACUGGUUAAUUGGAGUUUGGCCACAUAAACAAGUUGUUUGUUAAACAUACUCGAGACAAAGUGAUAAAAAAAUAAGUGAGAAAAUAUGAAUAUUUUCUUGUACGUGAUCAUUUUUACAGCAUUUCAAAACAGAUGCAAUGCUGUUUGGUUUUUUGGAUCAAGUUCAAGCAGCGGCUCUUUUGAUGUUGAUGACUUUCAAUACAAAGGAGAUCCAAUAAGAUUCUCAUGUUAUACAUCUGAUGCUGCAUUUUAUACGACUGAAGUAAAUGGAAGUAUUCCUUCAGCUUUAAUUCAAAAGUUAGAUAAUGGAAGAAGUCUAUCGUUGUAUUUCCAUGGAGUUGGAAACAUGGUCGGUUAUUCCUUUGAGGUACUACAAUCAUUUGCAAAAGAAUGGUUCAAAGCAUCUGGAAACAAUAUUUGUAUCGUAACGUAUGGUUAUAAACCGAGUUGGCUUACAUCUGGUUAUAUAUAUGAUAAUAUAAACAAUAUGGUGAAAACGCGGCGGCUUGAAUAUGUGGCAAAGUUGGGACGGAACUUGGUGCUUGACGUAAUACAAAAAUGUAUUACAUCAAAGAGGCAGCAAUGUCUUAGAAGUUUAUCACAGGUUGAUGUUAGCGGCUGGAGCUUAGGUGCGCAUAUCGCUGGUCUAACUUGUCAAUAUUUGAAUACAAAAAUCGACGGAAAGGUCAGAUUACUGCUGGCUCUGGACCCACCAAACAUUUCGGACUCCGGACCACAAAUAAACGGUACCAUUAGAAGUGGUGAUGCUAGCUAUGUUCAAGUAAUUCAUACAAACAAAUACAGAUCAAUAUGGGAUCAAAUUGGAGAUGUAGAUAUCUAUGUAAAUUACGAUUAUUACUACUCCGAAAAUAGUCCAUUAGAUGACAAACAUGGACUUGCAUUUUUUUUACAUCUUGCAACAUCAACUAAGCGAUUUUGUAUAAUAGGCACUCUGGAGGAAAGAAGAGAUGGUAUUUUGUUGAAAAAUGCAAGAGAUUCUUUCGGGAAAUCGGAAAUAGUUGUCGGUAUAUACGGUACCCUGAAACCAGAACAGCGUGGACAAAUUUUUUUUGUUUCGAUCAACAGAGAGCAACGCAUUGAAUUUUGGAAAAGACUUGGGCUAUUGGCAAAAGCCGAACUGGUUUCGGGAAUGAAAGAAAAUCCUAAAGAGAUGGACAUUGAUAAAUUCCAAUAUAAGGGAGAUCCAAUUCGAUUUUCGUGUAUAACACCAGAGUCCCAAAGUGCAUUUUAUACGACUGUAGUGAAUGGAAGCAUUCCGUCAGCUUUAGUUGAAAAAUUAGAUAAUGGAAGAGAUCUAUCGUUGUAUUUCCAUGGAGUUGCCAAUAUGGUCGGUUCAUCUUUCGAUUUGCUCCAAUCAUUUGCCAAAGAAUGGUUCAGGGCAUCCGGAAAAAAUAUUUGUAUCGCAUUGUAUGCAUACAAACCAAGUUGGAUGAACUCCGCUCAUCGAAUGUUUGAUCAUAUAAAAAAAAUGGUGAAAACCCAGAGGCUUGAAUAUGUGGCAAAGUUGGGACGGGACUUGGUGCUUGGCGUAAUACAAAAAUGUAUUGCAUCGAACAGACAGCAAUGUCUUAGGAAUUUAUCACAGGUUGAUGUUAGCGGCUGGAGCUUUGGUGCGCAUAUCGCUGGUCGAACUUGUCAAUAUUUGAAUAAAAAAACCGACGGAAAGGUCAGAUUACUGUUGGCUCUCGAUCCUACGAAAAAUCCUGACUCUGGACCAAAAAUACACUAUUCCAUUAAAAGUGGCGAUGCUAGCUAUGUUCAAGUAAUCCAUACCAACACCUAUAAAGGGAUUACGGAUCCAAUUGGAGAUGUUGAUAUCUACGUGGACUACGACUUUUAUUCAUUUCAACGUGGCAUUAAUUACACAGAAUUAGAUGACAAACAUGGACUUGCAUUUUUUUUACAUCUCGCAACAUCUACUAAGCGGUUAUGUGUAUUGGGCGUUGACAGCAAAAAUCGAAGACCUAUUUUAAUGACAACUCAGAGAAAUGCAUCGAAUUCGGAUAUAGUUGUUGGUAUAUACGGUACCCUGAAACCAGAACAUGUUGGGCAAAAAUUCUUCGUUUCGAUAACAAAAAAUGAGGAACGUACAGGGUUUUGGACAGCAAUUGGUCAACCAUUUCAAAAUCCCGAACUCGUUUUAGGUUCUAAAGAAGUUCAAGGACCAAAAAAGCCAACAAAACCAGAUCCAAAAAAAGGAAAAAACAAAAAACUAGAAGAAGAAGACGAAGACGAUGAUGCAUGUACACUGUGCUGUGUAAAUAAGAAAAGUGCCCUUCUAUUGCCAUGCAAUCAUAAGGAAACAUGUGGGGAUUGUUGGCUCAAAUGGAAAGAACAACCAAUAUCAAGAAAUAAAUGUCCCAUUUGCAGACAAACUGUCUCUAAUUAUACAGAGAUUAAUAAUUGAAUUUUGGCCAAUUCAACUUCAUACGAAUGAUUCAAAUGUUUCAUAUUUCAGACCUGAUCUCGUUUGAUCGCAUCGAAUGAAAAUAUCACAUUAAAAUAAUUCUCUCGAAAUAAAUUAAUUUCACUGACGAAAAA